AUGACGUUCCAAAGAGGUGCUACAUCCCGGAUUAAAUAAUUUGCGAUGGAGACGUGCGGGCGUGACGUCAUCGGCGGGCGACGACUGCAGGGGGAAAGUGGCCGGAAGCGCCUAAGGCUCGCGCGUGGUGGGUAGGUAGCGGCGGCCUCGUUGGUGCGAACGGGAGGCGGGUCUCAGGCACCGCCCCCCAGCUCCCAUUUGCCACAGAGCCGGUGCUUGGGAUGGGGACAGCACAUGGACUCCCAUGGCCCCCCAGCUAGGAGCCGGACCUGCUAGCCACUUCUGGGGCACAGCGUGGUGCCCCAGGACAGUCAAUCUCCCAAUCUGCUACUAUGGAUUCUCUCUUUAAACCGGGUGUCCUCAGCGUCAUUGCAGGAGUCGCAUGUGGAGUAUGCGUGGGCUGGGGCAUGCGUGGGCGAUUCUUUAGACCAUCUAAAGCCAAAAUGCCUCUGUUAGCAAAUGAGCUGGGGAAUGAAGCCAGUAUCAUGGGAGAGUCUGGAGAAUACAAGAUGGUGCUGAUAGUCCGUAAUGACUUAAAGAUGGGAAAGGGUAAAGUAGCAGCACAGUGUUCUCAUGCUGCAGUUUCUGCCUACAAGCAAGUUCAACGAAGAAAUCCUGAGCUGCUUAAACAGUGGGAGUAUUGUGGACAGCCAAAAGUGGUUCUCAAAGCCCCUAAUGAAGAGUCGCUAGUUCAACUCCUUGUUGAUGCUAAACAGCUGGGACUAACUGUGAGUAUAAUCCAAGAUGCAGGUCGUACUCAGAUAGCACCAGGCUCCCGGACUGUACUAGGUAUCGGACCAGGACCAGCUGAUAUAGUGGAUAAAGUUUCUGGCCAUCUCAAACUCUUCUAAGAUGGAGAACAAGCCUCAGUUUUAUUGGAGCAAUUGUAUACUUCAGCACCAACGUAGUAACGGGGAUAAAAUCCAAGCUAUGUUUUCAUUUCUAUGGUUCUGCUUUAGUAAAAAUAAAAAGCAUGUCUAUCUUUUGACCUUU